GUUAAGCUUUGAUUCAGUGCGAAUUAUGUAGUAGCAACUUAAGGAUUGAAUGCCACAGUCAAAAAUUUCCUACUGUGUUCCAUCUUUCUCUUAUUCAUGUCGGUCAGGAUAUAUCGGAAGUACUACCAGGAAAUUGCGGGGAGAAACCCCAUGAGCACUGUGCAGCCUGGAGUGCCUAGAACAGUGACAGGCCCCAUGUCUGCACAUUUGGUUGAUUCGAACUGCCAGGUGUUCUCCAGUAGCGGUCCACCCAAGAUGAUUGGUCCGAAAGUCAACUCUUUUAAAAACGUACACCACAAACCAGCGGGUGGUAAUUGCAGCGAAGAUACCGAUGAGCGAUCUGAUCUCACCAGUUUGCAGAAGAGUCCAGUGCUGCAAAUCGUGGCACUUCUGCUCUACACGAUUAAUCCAUUAGCUUUCUGUUCGUUCCGUUCCUGUUCCUAA